CCGUCCCAAAGUUUGCAUGUUUUCAAAGCCUUUUUGGGCCACAGUGUCCAAAAGUAGAUUUACCUUCAAUAACAUUUAUUAAAUCUCUUCCCCCAUUAAAGUCGAAAGCUCCCAAGAACUGGCUGCAUUAAUCCUGAUUACAGCCUAUAAUGUGGAGGAAAAGUGGUCUAUGUAUCAAGCGUGUCAUCGAGAGAUGCUUUAUCCCUCGCUUGUAUCCUUCUGUCUUGUCAGUUAAGGGCGGGAGACCUCAGAAACAGAACAGCAAAAUGAGAUGAGCUUGCAUGUGGCUAGAAUAGAGACCACUUUAGUAGAAGUUUAAAUUUGGGUGGUUGAGACUGGAAAAAGAUGGUUAGAGGAUCAGAGAAAGCCAUGAGUCUGUGAGGGGCCAAGCGGACACAUGGAGCGGGGAGGAAGGAGAGCCAGUGGCUCCAUCAAACGGGCUUCCAUUAAACGAUCAGCAUCUGGGUCUCAGAAGGGCCAGAAAGCUUGGAUUGAAAAAACCUUUCACAAACGAGAAUGCAUCUAUGUAUCUCCUGCCAAGGACCCAACCCGGUGCACAUGUGGUUAUCUUAUGACCCAGCACCAACAAGUCAGCAACAAGCCCUCAGAGGAGAACCAGCUAAUUCAAGUGGACCUUCCUAAAGAGAAAUGGUCAGUGGUCAGACAUACCCAGACUGCCCCUACCGAUGCAUUUGGCACCAUUGAAUUUCAGGGAGGUGGAUUUGUCAACAAGGCCAUGUAUAUCCGGGUGUCAUAUGAUACCAAGCCGGAUAGUUUGCUGCAUCUCAUGGUGACAGAAUGGCAGCUGGAGCUGCCAACUUUGCUUAUAUCCGUUCAUGGUGGCCUCCAGAACUUUGACCUGCAACCAAAACUCAAACAGGUCUUUGGGAAAGGUCUGAUCAAGGCUGCUGUGACCACUGGAGCCUGGAUCUUCACUGGUGGUGUUAGCACUGGAGUUAUCCGGCACGUUGGAGUUGCUUUGAAGGAUCACUCCUCUAAAUCCAGAGGGAAAGUCUGCGCCAUAGGCAUUGCUCCAUGGGGAAUCCUGGAGAGCAAAGAGGAUCUUAUUGGAAAAGAUGUGACCAAACCAUACCAGGCGAUUUCCAACCCUCUGAGCAAGCUAGCCGUUCUCAACAAUAGUCACUCGCACUUCAUACUUUCCGAUAAUGGCACAUGUGGAAAAUACGGGGCAGAGGUCAAACUGCGCAGACAGUUGGAGAAACACAUUUCCCUGCAGAAGAUUAACACGCGUCUGGGGCAGGGUGUACCGGUGGUUUGUCUAAUUGUGGAGGGAGGUCCGAAUGUGAUCUCCAUUGUGCUGGAGAGCCUGCAUGAAGAGCCAGCCGUGCCUGUUGUGGUUUGCGACGGCAGUGGCAGAGCCUCGGACAUCAUUUCCUUUGCUCACAAGUACUCAGAGGUGGAAGGACUGGUAAAUGAAGAUGCAAAAGAGCAGCUGCUAGUCACCAUCCAGAAGACCUUUAACUACAACAAGACCCAGUCAGGGCAGAUUCUGCUCAUGGUCAAUGAAUGCAUGAAGAAGAGGGAGCUGGUAAGUAUCUACAAUGAAAUAAAAUUCAACCAAAAAUGUCUUCUGAACAUGUACGAUAGGUUUUGGUGAGAAACAACCCAAAAUGCAAGUAAUGUUUUUACUGAAAAUGUUACAGGUAGCAUGCAUGGAAGAACUCACAAUGGCACGCAUUCACAUGAAAAUUGUGCAUUGUUUUUAGUAAUAAAAAACACGAGUUCUGCCAUGAAUUUAUGAGCCACUUUAUGCGCUCAUAUGCAUGCACGGACAUCAAGAUUUUCUCUGUAAAAUUACCAAAACCUAUUAAUAUUUGGACUAUAUUGAACUAUUUAUUGAACUAUUUCUUAAAUAUUAACAUGCUGUCAUUUUCUGUGAGAUAUAAAGAUUUAUAUGUAAAGACAUUUCAUACUUUUUAAACAUUACAUUACAUUAAAUUAUUUUUUUUAUAUAUUACUGUUUAAUUGUAUGGCAUAAAAUGAUCAUCAAUAAAUGUU